UGGCAAUAUGUGUAAGCGAUUGGUAUGAAAAAUCUUCCAGGAAGAAAGUCGUAAUUUAAGGAACAAAGCAUAUUUUAAAUAUUUGUGACUGAGAUCCCGGAGGAGAUGACCAACAAAACUUACAAUAAUAUUUGGAAAUCUGCUCAAGAAGACCUGAAUCUCAUUCUUGAGGAAGAGACCUUGGACGAAACAGUGGCCUCAGAACAGGAAAGACUCUCCGCUGUGCAGAAAACCUCCAACCUGUACUUGCGCUACAUCCAGAUCGCCAACCGGCUGACGGAGUGCCGCGAGAACAUCCUGCAGCCCCAAAAGCGGCGGCUGCUCCAGAAGCUGAUCGACAACUGCAUCGGGAGGACGCUGGAGCUGAAGCACGGGCUCGUCAGCCUCGAGUUCGCGGAGGUUCAAUAUCUGGAUGACGCACUGCUGGAGAUGAAGAUGACGCCGGACCAAAUGAACAUAAAAAUUCCUGCUUAUUUUCGAGAGAAAACCAAAGAAGAACAAGAAAAGGCUUUACUGAUCAAGGAAUUGAUGAGAUAUUUCUACAGCGAGACCCCUAAUACGUACUGGGAGCUUCAGGGCAUGUCGGAGAAGGAAGCUGUCCACCUCCUGCAGGGUCAAGAGGAGGCGCGACAGGGGAGGGUGGCCUUCCUGGAGGCGCAGAGGAUCUUCGAAGUCAAGGAGGAAAACAGGCUGAAGGAAUGCAGAAGAAACCUGAAGGCGGCCCUUUCUGACGACACGGCUGCAACUAGAAUCCAGAGGGCAUGGAGGUGGUUUAUUUUUCACAAGAAGUUCAGAAGCGUUUACGAUGCCGAGAUGAAGCAGUUGAGAAUGCAACCCUCCGUCACAGAGAAGAGCGAAAGCCUACAAGCCUUCCAGAAGCUGAGGGAACUGAAGAGGCACCGCCGGGACCUCAUCCUCAAAAACGAGACAGAAUUCCUGGAGGUCAUCAGAGAGGUGCAGAAAGAGAUAGAGACCUAUCAGGCUCCGCAGGCCAUGGAAGAUCUGCAGGCGGGGAUCCGGACCUAUUUUGAGAAAUACAGAGAGGUCCACGGCGAGUAUCCCGCUUACCCAGCAGACGAAGAGGGCGGAUCGGCCGCGAUGCUUAAGGAAGCUGCAUCUUCAGAAAAUGAGCAGGAAAAGGUGAAAAGCGAGAUUGCUGUCAAAGAAAAGAUUGGUGUUGACAAAAAGGAAGAGGAGGAGCCGGCGGGAUACGCUUUGAAAGCAUCGAAGUACAUCCCUGAACUUAUGGAACUAGCGAAAGAAUAUGACAAGAUUUGGAAGGAGAAAGAGAUCCUCGGGAUUUUCGACAAAUGCGACGAGGACAUGAUCCGGAAACAAGCUUUCCGGGAAAUGGAGACAUCCGUACGACUACAGACGGACAAGAUAAUGAGAGAAGAAUUGUAUCGACUCACUGAAGCUUUUGAAAAGGAUCUGGGCAAGAAAGGAAAAAAAGGAGGCAAGAAGGGAAGGAAGAAAGGUGGCAAAAAAGAGAAAGGAAAGGGAAAAGGGAAAGGGAAGAAAGAAAAGGAUCUGACUCCGAACAGGAGCUUCGAGUCACUCGUGGAGGAGCUGAUCAAGGAAAAAAUAAUCAUCGACUAUCCCAAAUUCCCCUUGUCCGAUUUCAUCGGCGAUUACAAUUACGUGGGAUCGAUCCAGGACGUCGAAAGCGACCCCGAGAAGGACGCAAUGCCCUGCCUGGGAGACAUCCGACGAAUAAUAAAUGAGUAUUGUAUCCUGCCCAUGGGUUCCCACUCCAUACACUCGAAAGGGGCGUACGUGAAGUCCAUCCUGAUCGCCGGUCCUCCCGGCGUCGGGAAGAAGUCGCUCAUCCACGCCAUCUGCAGCGAGGUGGGCGCGACGCUCAUCGACCUCUCUGCCAAGAACGUGAACGGGAAAUACCCGGGCAAGGAGGGGCUCGACAUGUUGAUGCACCUCGUCUUCAAAGUGGGCAGGCUGGCCCAGCCGACCCUCAUCCACAUCGGCGAGGCGGAGAAUUACUUCUGGAAGAAGCAGCCUACCAACAGCGUCCUAGUGGAGGCGAUGCGCUUGAAGAAGGAGCUGCCGAAGCUGAUGAAGGCGAUCGGACACGAAGAUCGCCUGAUGGUGAUCGGGACGACAAUCGCCCCAUUCGACGUCGACCUGAAAGGCCUCAGCUCGUGCUACAGCAAAAUCAUCUGCAUCCUGGCCCCGGACCACAACUGUCGGAGGGCACUGUGGAGUGAGAUGAUACUGAAAAGCAAAGGCACCAUCACCUCGGAGCUCGGCCUCAGCACCUUGUGCGGCGUGUCGGAUGGCUUCACAGCAAAGCACAUAAAGUACGCCGUGGAGCAGGUGCUGACCAACCGUCGCCUGUCGCUGCAGAACAAGAUCUCGCUCUCUGCCACGGAAUUCGUGCCCUUCCUGUCCGACUGCGUCCCGGUCUCGCAAGAGGAGAACGACGAGUACAGGGUGUGGUUGUCCAAGAUGCCGCUGCAGAAGAGACGGAUCAAAGUGCUGAAAGAAGAAUCGGGAGAAAUAACUGAAGAGGUGAAAAAUAAAGAAAAGUCCGGCAACCAGAAAACUGCCUAAUCGACGCACAAUAACAUUAAUAAGAAAUACUUCACAUAGUAUAGAAUUCUUAACAUCUGUAUGCCCAGUUCAACAGGAAAAACAUGUACUGACUUUGCAAUGUAAACAAGGUGAUGCCACGCUAGAUUACUUUAGCAGAUUACGAUACAUUCUGAAGUGACCUAACCAUCGGAUGCCAGCCAGAGACUUAGAAAAGAAUGUUAUUGGGCAAUACAAUGUUUCUGUUUCGCUUCAUUUAACCUGUAGACGAUUUCUCGACCGAAAAGAGAAUCGUCUGAAAUGGGGAAAAUCGUAUUCUUUCUUUUGAAAAAGAUUGAGACAUCUCUUCCAUAGUCAGAAACCGGAUUGACAGGCAAUACAUCUAGGCUCUCGUCAAGUCAAUUGAAGUUAAGUUCUGUUUAUAUUUGUCACAUAAUGAUUAAAAAAAAGGCAUUUUUUUUUAAAGCUACCGAGAAAAAUACUCG